AUGCCCCUUUCAAGAUGGCCGCGUCCAUAUGAAAACAUGCUCGAGUAAUCAGUGGAUGUUACUGUAACAUUAAAAAGCAAUUUGUAAGCAUGGCAUCAGGUAAGCGGAAACAUGCUGAAGAUGGUCAUUUGUCGGGACACGACAAGGCCAAAAAAAUAAAGCUGGGAAAAGCAUCUCCCGGGAAACAACAAUUUGCAAAUACAACCUCAGAACCAAAAGAAACAAGUGUUAGUGACAGAAAAACAAACAAGCAGAAAAAGAAAGAGAAAAAGAAAGAGAAAAUCCCCAAAGACUCACUUCCCAAGGUCAAGGACAGUGCAGAUGGGAACAAGGAAACUGAGUCACAACAGAAUGGGAAAAAAACAUCGAAACAUUUGAACAAGUGGCAGCGAUAUAAGAAAAAACAGAAACCCCAGUCUGGAACUCCUAAACAGGUUCCUAAAAAAGUUCCUAAACCGGCUUCCAGAGGAGAAACAGGAAAGAAAGAUGCUAUAUCAACUAAUACCACUCCAAGAACGUCUGGUGUUGCCAUUGUUACUGGGAAGCCCCAUUUCCCAAUUCCAGCUAAGAUCCCGUCAAGCAACUGGAAGAAGCUCCAAGUGGACAUUCAGAAGACAGCACCAAAGAAAACAAAUCCUAAGAAACACCUGAAAAAACGGAAGAGUACUGAACCUGCACCACAGGAGGAAAGCGAGAAACCCGACAUCUGGUUUGACGAUGUGGAUGAGGAGCUGAUUCAUCCGACAGAAGAAAAGCCGAAGAAUAAUGUCAAGACGGCUUCGAGACUAUCACGACCAUCCCAGUCAGCAGGGGGCCUGGUGAAGGAAAACUCAUUCAAAGGAGUGACAAAGGCUGUAGCCUUAGAUUGUGAGAUGGUGGGAGUGGGUGACAGUGGCAAGGAGAGUGUCUUGGCCAGAGUGUCUGUUGUCAACCAGUUCGGGGAGUGCCUGUAUGACACUUUUGUCCGCAGUCGAGAGGAGGUGGUGGACUACCGCACACAGUGGAGUGGAGUGACCCCCGACAAGCUUGUACAUGCGGCUGACUUCAUGGAUGUUCAGAAGAAAGUGAGUGACCUCAUCAGUGGACGUAUUCUUGUAGGUCAUGCCAUUCAGAAUGAUCUUAAGGUGCUGUUUUUGGAUCACCCCGCCAAGGACAUCCGCGACACGUCCCGUUACAAGCCGUACCGCCAACUGUUCAGGGGCAGGACCCCAUCGCUGAAAAACCUUACCUCCAGACUCCUGAGUGUGAAGAUCCAAACAGGGGAACAUAACUCUGUGACGGACGCCCAGGCCACCAUGAGGCUGUACACGCUCAGCAGACAGGCGUGGGAGAAGGAUCUCAUGAACAGGAGGAAACACAGGAGACCAUUAAAAAAGAAAAAGAAAAUAAAUGACAAAUGAUGAAUUCUCA